GCUGGUCAACAACAACAGCGCAUUUGCAAUUCGUUACGGCCGAGGCAAAGUUAACAACCGUAAAGCGUAAAGAGGAGACAGCAAAGAAACAGCCGUCAAGCGGGCAGCGGAAGCUUUACAUCCGGAUAGUAGACGUUGUCGUCGCAACAGCGCGUCGGCCGACUGCUUGUACAUACACACAUAUCUGUUGAUCGUUCGCUUUGCGUUGCGCCUUCGCCUUCGCCGCAGCCAAAAGGCACGUAAACUGGUUGCGUCGUCGUCGUCGUCUGCGCCGUUGCCCGUACGCCGUUUGUCGUGUCUUGGUGUAGCGCUUGAGCCGCGCGAGUCGGACCUUUACACGGAUCAAGCAAGCAUCAGCCAUGGAGCUGGCUUACAGCAAUGCGUCAUCGGCUUCCACUUCGCCACCCUCCGUUGGCGCCUUCGGCUUCACUAACACUGCCAAACUGCCCAUCGAAACAGUGAAACGGCUCAUUGCCGCCGUCUCUCGCCGUCCCAUCCUCUGGAUGCGCACCAACGCGAAUGGCCAAAAGCGCAGCGAUAUUACGCCCAUUUGGUUCGACGUCGGAAAGGAUGUCAAUUUGCCAGCCGACGUAUGCCGUGUGAAGUGGGGACACCUGCGCGAUAAUUUCCGUAAGGUGUACAUACGUAACAACCUGUCGAAUGAGUCGCCCUCGUCGUGGCGCUUCUACAACGAUAUGCGCUUCAUGGAGCAUGCCGUGCAUGAGAAUAUCAUGAGGCAGGCGCGAACGCGGGGAUCCAGUUCGAGUUCCAAGAAGCAUCCGCCCAUACACUGGACAGAGAACAAUAAUCACAUCCUGGACGACAGAAGUCGCAAUAAAUAUGAUGAACCUAUUGUAGCCACCGAGCCGAUAUGUGAGCUGAGCGAUAGCUACGAUUCGGAGUUGCAUCAGCCGAGCUUCUCGGACAUCAGCUCCUUCUUCGAGGAGGAACAGCAUCAGCAGCGGGACUGCAAGCGUGUGAAACUGGAGGAUGUGCAGAGCAGCAAGGGCGAGGAGCUCAAUGAUGAUGAUUUCGAUGAGGAUGCUGCAUCGGAGACCGAGGAGGAGCAGCGACCUGACCCCAGCGUCUUCACCAUCGAAGUGCUCGACGAUGAGGAUGAGGACGUGCAGCAAUCCAAGGAGAAGCCGACCGUCGUCAAGACCGAGGAGGAGCAAAAGCCAGCAGUUCUACAGGAUUUACCCUUUAAGUACAUCAGCAUGGAUGCUGCGACCAAUACAGAGCCCAAUGGACAGGAUAUCCAGGACGAUGCGGAUCGCAUGUUCCUGCUUAGCCUGAUGCCCUUCCUGCAGAGAUUGGAUGAGCGGCGCAAGCUGCGGGUGCGACAGAAGCUGCAAAAUGUUUUAAUUGAAGAACUUGAGUUUGGCUGAUUGUGGUAGCCUUACGCUAUGCGAGGGUAGUUUGAGAACUUCAAUAGUAUUAAAGAUUAUGUUAUUUAUAUUUUAGACUAUAUAAAUAAGUGUAUUCAGAAUAUAUUGUAUAAAUAUGAUGUUAUCUCAGAAACUUUCAAACUACCCUCGCAUAGAAGUACUUUAUACACUAAAUUGUACAUUUUAAGCUUAGCUUACAGUAUUAAAUUAUGCGACUGAAACACCCAUUACAUAGAAUGUAAACAGGAAGACGAAUCUAAUAAAUGACUGCAGUAAACACUCAAGC